AUGCGGGGGCAGCCCCGGCCCCGGUGGCAUCGCCGCCCCCCCGGCAGCGGCCCGGGCCCCGCGGGACGGGCACGGCGCUCCCCGGAGCCCACGGGAGCGAGCAGCGCCCCUCCGGCACCGCGGCACCGAGCGGCCGGGCAGCACAGCCCGGAGCGCAGGAAACAAACACGGGACGGGAAGAAACUCCCUCCAAAACUCGCUUCAUCCUCAUCAGCAAAGACGGGAUGGACCUCGCCGGCCCCGCAGCCCCGCGCCGUGGGCCCCACUCUGCGGGGAACGCCACAAGGAGACGGGGAAAGCACAAGGAACUUGCUGACAAGAGCAGGGAUGGUGCCCACGCCGCCACUGCCACUGCUGCGGCCACCAACAUGGGUGGCAGGAGCCGCACGCUGGGUGCGACACCAAGAGCAGCUCCUGGAGGAGCGGGCACUGGCCAGGAUGGGCAGGAGAGAGGGGCAGCAUGGGCAGGAGAGAGCAGGAGCAGCUCCCAGAGGAGCGGGCACUGGCCGGGAUGGGCAGGAGAGAGCAGGAGCAGCUCCUGGAGGAGAUGGCGCUGGCCGGGAUGGGCAGGAGAGAGGGACAGCAGCUCCCAGAGCAGCUGGCACUGGCCGGGAUGGGCAGGAGAGAGCAGGAGCAGCUCCUGGAGGAGAUGGCACUGGCCAGGAUGGGCAGGAGAGAGGGGCAGCAGUGGGCACUGGCCAGGAUGGGCAGGAGAGAGCAGGAGCAGCUCCUGGAGGAGCGGGCACUGGCCGGGAUGGGCAGGAGAGAGGGGCAGCAGCUCCCGGAGGAGCAGCGGGCACUGGCCAGGAUGGGCAGGAGAGAGCAGGAGCAGCUCCUGGAGGAGAUGGCACUGGCCGGGAUGGGCAGGAGAGAGCAGGGAGCAGCCCAGGGAUGCACAAAGUCCUGUCCAUGGAUGCAACGCUCGCCCCUAGAGACCCCCGAGCUCCAGGCCAGUUUGGACACCCUGUUGCUGUCCCUGAUGAUAAACAAGAAGAAGCAAAAAGUAGAUGGAAAGAAGGAAACUUUAAUGUCUACCUCAGCGACCUGAUCCCUGUGGAUCGAGCCAUCGCAGACACCAGGCCUGCCGGGUGCUCGGAGCAGCAGGUCCACGACGACCUCCCCACCACCAGCAUCAUCAUGUGCUUCGUGGAUGAGGUGUGGUCCACCCUCCUGCGCUCCGUGCACAGCGUCCUCAGCCGCUCUCCUCCUCACCUGAUCGAGGAGAUCAUUCUGGUGGAUGACUUCAGCACUAAGGAGUACCUGCGGGAGCAGCUGGACACCUACAUGUCGCGGUUCCCGAAGGUGAGGAUCCUGCGCCUCAGGGAGAGGCACGGGCUGAUCCGGGCCAGGCUGGCGGGAGCUGAGAUCGCCAAAGGCGCUGUCCUGACGUUCCUGGACUCACACGUGGAGUGCAACGUGGGCUGGCUGGAGCCGCUGCUGGACAGGGUCCGCCUGCGCCGGACCAAGGUGGCCUGCCCCGUCAUCGAGGUGAUCAGCGACAAGGACAUGAGUUACAUGACCGUGGACAACUUCCAGCGUGGGAUUUUUACUUGGCCAAUGAAUUUUGGAUGGAGGCAGAUUCCACAAGAGGUCAUAGAGAAAAAUAAAAUCAAGGAGACUGAUAUUAUAAGGUGCCCCGUCAUGGCAGGUGGCCUGUUCUCCAUCGACAAGCAGUACUUCUUUGAGCUGGGAAUGUACGACCCGGGACUGGACGUCUGGGGAGGGGAAAAUAUGGAGAUUUCAUUCAAGGUCUGGAUGUGCGGAGGAGAGAUCGAGAUCGUUCCGUGCUCCCGGGUGGGGCACAUUUUCAGGAAUGACAAUCCUUACUCCUUCCCAAAAGACCGUGUGAGGACGGUGGAGCGGAACCUGGCCCGCGUGGCAGAGGUGUGGCUGGACGAGUACAAGGAGCUGUUCUACGGCCAUGCCUAUCACCUGCUCCUGGGCAACGUGGAUGUCGGGGACCUGAGCCAGCAAAUCCAGCUGCGCAAGAAGCUGCGCUGCAAAAGCUUCCGCUGGUACCUGGAGAACGUCUACCCGGACCUGGAAGCUCCCCUGGUUAAAGGCAGCGGGCUGCUGGUUAACGCGGCCCUGGCAGGGUGCAUCGCUGUGGAAGGCACCAGCCUGGCUUUUGAGGAGUGUGAUGUUAACAGCACGAACCAGCAGUUCAACUACACCUGGCUGAGGCUGAUCCAGCACGGAGAGCUCUGCCUUGCCCCGUCUGGUGUCGUGGGAGCCGUGGGCCUGCGCCGCUGCCAGCCCAGGAGCCGCAGCCUGGCCUGGCUCCACAGGUCACUGGCCACCGUGCAGCCGGGGCUGACCGAGCACAUCAUCUCGGAGCACCAGCACCUCCCGCAGCCCUGCCUGGAGGUGGAUCCCUCGUACCGAGCGCUGCGCCUGAAGGCCUGUGACCCCACAAACCCCCACCAGAAGUGGCACUUUGGCAGGUACCACGCAGACUGAGGGCAGCCCAGCUGCUGUCCCCAUGCUGUCACCGUGGGCUCAGCGAGGACAUGGCUGUGGCUGAUGGCAGCCACCAAACGGGGAGUGCAUUUCCAAAGGAGAACUGACACCUGUGAUUUGGUACCGGCACAUGGAGGAUCCGAACACCGGGAGCAGCACGGCGGGUGUGACAGUGCCAGAACAGAUCAGGGCCAUUCUCCCUCCCCGUAGGAGACUUUGGGAAAAACUCCUUUUCUCUAUGCUUAAAUGGAAAUAUUUUUUGAAGUCCCCAUCCUACUGUAAGCAGACUUCCCUCGGUUCCCCUGGACAGCAGCAUAAGCUCCAGAAACACUUCCAGGGCCCCAGAAGUCUGUGAGCAGCAAACUGGGCUGCUAAUUCCUCCACAGAAACUGGAAUUUUGAACACCAUGUCCACACUGGAUCUGGCUGCAGGAUGCCUCCCCAUGGGACGUGUAGUGUGACAGGUGAGGAUCAGGGCUCUGUGAGGAAUCAAUUGCACACCAAUAAAGCCCUCAUUUUAUAGUGGGAGGUGGAUGGGGCCAGCCCCACCCAGGAGCUGCAGGAGAGCCCUGGAGCACUUCCCUGUGCUGGGGACAGCGAGGACACACGUGCCUUGCUUUGUUUGGUGCUGGAGCAGGGAACCAGAGGUUUAUCCUGCUUCUUGCCAGAAGCACAUUCCAGGGGCCAACCUGGAAGCUGCUCAUCCCAGGGCAGCCAGGUUGUCCCACCCUGGGGCUGCCAGGACCCCAGCCAUGUUCCCCAGCCCCCGUGGCUUUCUGGGGGCUCUCCAGGAGCAGUGCUGCUCCCCUCAGCCCAGGCUGCACGGCACAGCCAGGCUCUGCACACCAAACCCCUCUGGGCUCACUGCCAUGGACAACUGUAGUCUGUACUGUGAAGUUCUUCAUCUCCAAAAUCCAUCACCAGUCACCAACGGGAUGGAUUUGAUGAGAGAAUAAACUCUGUGUGCCAAGG